AUGGGUCCGAAGAGCUGGCCCAAGCGAUCUAAAGAAUGCAUUGUCCCCUCAAAAGACGAUCCCACGCACGACGAUGCUCCCGCUGUCAUCAAGGCGUUCCAGGAUUGUUGCCAUGAUGGCCAUAUCAUCUUCGAGAACAAGACAUACCACAUCGGCUCUGUCAUGAACACCACGGGUCUCAAGGAUGUCGAUAUUGAAGUCCGGGGACUCCUGAAAUGGUCGACGAACAUAGACUACUGGCUCGCUCAUUCCAUGCCGAUCGGAUUCCAGAAUCAGACAUCCGCGUGGCAUCUCGGUGGUGAGGACAUCCACUUCUACGGCCAUGGCCAUGGUACACUCGACGGCAACGGCCAAGUUUGGUACGAUUUUGCCAAAGGAGUCAGCAACAUCCACGGGAGGCCCCACCAGAUCACCAUCACGAACACCAAGAACAGCGUCAUCGAGGGUUUAAGAUUCGUACAGUCUCAGAUGUGGACAAUGACGGUCGCGCGCUCAGAGAAAGUCCUACUCCAAGACAUCUACGUCUCAAGUACCAGCACGGAUCCAGCUAUUCGCAGUAAUGUCAAUACCGACGGUUGCGACACAGUUUACACCAACGACAUCACCUUCCUGCGCUGGACAAUCACCAACGGCGACGACAGCAUCUCCAUGAAGCAGAAUAGUACCAACAUCUACAUCUCCAACUGUACCUUCUACAACGGUGCUUCUCUUGCGAUGGGCAGCAUCGGACAAUACCCUGGACAAAUUGAGAUCAUCGAGAACAUCACCGCCACGGACAUCAAGAUGAUCAAUACCGGCUACGCAGGCCGCAUCAAGACUUGGGUCGGGAAGAACAAGGGUUUCCCUCCGAACGGCGGCGGAGGUGGACUAGGCCAUGCGAAGAACAUUACCUUUCGUAAUUUUGAGCUCGAGGGCGUUGGAACCGCCUGGCUCAUCACGCAGUGUACAUUCUACGAUGGACCGGAAAACGCCAGAGAGGUACACCAAGAAGCCGAACCGGACUGUACGAACUCCCAAUUUGAGAUCUCCGACCUCAACUGGGGCGACACGCACGGCACGAUUCGCUCAGAACGCAUCGCAGCGCUGCAAUGCUCCGCUACGAAGCCCUGCCACAACAUCAAUAUCUUCAACAACAGCUUGACGGCUUUGGAUACGAAGAAGCCGGCCGAGACAUUUCUCUGCGAACAAGUGAAGGAUACGUGUGGGUUCACGUGCACGGAGGAGUGCAAUGGAAGGUGUCCCCGUUCUUGA